UAAACUCAUCACCAUGGAAACUGACUCUAAAACCCCCAAAAACUGCUCCAAAUUCCACAGACACCCACCCACACCACACUCCAUCCAUGCUAAAAAUAGAAUUUUGCACGAAAAUCAUAAAAAAUAUGACUCCCAAUCUCAUCGCAUAAUAAAAAUAUUCCUCUCAGUCGCUUCCGAACUCUUCACAUCUUUGCAACUUUACACUCAAUUUCCCUGGCAACUCCACCGUUUCCUUGCAACCAUGGUGAUUGAGCAAAAAUUCUUGGCGGGGGAGGAGCCUGACCCGACCCCAUUUUUAUUCGUCUCCCUGGAAAUGAAACGCCAGGACCAGACGAAGCCUUAUGAUGCCAAAACGGCCUGUUGGGUUCCGGACGAAAAGGAGUGUUUCGUUCAGGCCACGAUCACCGGGACCAAGGGGGAUCAGGUUACGGUUAAGCUGCCAUCGGGGGAUGACAAAACCUUCAAAAAGGACCUCGUGGGCCAGGUGAACCCCCCAAAGUACGAGAAAUCCGAGGACAUGUCGAACCUCACCUAUCUCAACGACGCCUCCGUCCUCUACAACUUACAGCAGCGCUACUACAACAAACUCAUCUAUACGUAUUCCGGCCUGUUCUGCGUGGCAAUCAACCCCUACAAACGAUACCCCAUCUACACGGCUCGGGCCAUGAAAAUUUAUUUCGGACGCAGGAGGAAUGAAGUCCCUCCGCAUAUUUUCGCCAUUUCCGAUGGGGCUUACUCAGAGAUGAUGACGAACCACCAAAACCAAUCGAUCCUGAUCACCGGUGAAUCCGGCGCGGGCAAAACCGAAAACACAAAAAAGGUAAUCGCCUACUUCGCCCUGGUCGGGGCCUCUGGAAACAAAGGGGACGAGAACAAAAUUUCCCUCGAGGACCAAAUCGUCCAAACCAACCCCGUCCUCGAAGCCUUCGGAAACGCCAAAACCACCAGGAACGAUAACUCGUCGCGCUUCGGAAAGUUCAUCCGAAUCCACUUUGGCCCCUCGGGGAAGCUCGCCGGAGGGGAUAUCGAAACUUAUCUACUGGAAAAGGCCCGAGUCAUAUCGCAGCAACCUCUGGAAAGAUCCUACCAUAUUUUUUACCAGAUUAAUUCCGGGGCUGUUAAGGGUUUGAAAGAGUCCUUGUCGCUUAGCAACGAUAUCCAUGACUACCAUUUUGUGAGCCAGGGGAAAACAACGAUCCCCGGGGUGGAUGAUGCCGCGGAACUAGAGCAGACCCAUCUCGCCUUCGAAAUCCUGGCCUUUUCAAAAACCGAGCGCCAGAACGUGUACGAGGUGACCGCGGGGGUCAUGCACUUGGGGGAAUUGAAGUUUAAACAGCAGGGUCGCGAGGAGCAGGCGCAGGCGGAUGCGCCGGAUGCGGGUGACAAAACCGGAAAAAUGCUCGGCGUAUCCGGCGAGGAGUUGUACAACUGUUUCGUGAAGCCCCGAAUAAAAGUGGGCACGGAGUUCGUCACAAAAGGUCAAAACGUGAACCAGUGCAACUACGCCGUGGGUGCCAUGGGAAAGGCAAUUUUCGACCGGGUUUUUAAAUUCCUCGUCAAAAAAUGUAACCAAACGCUGGAUAAUGCGAAUAAAAAACAGCAUUUUAUUGGUGUACUGGACAUUGCGGGGUUCGAGAUUUUUGAUUUCAACGGAUUCGAGCAGCUCUGUAUAAACUUUACGAAUGAGAAAUUGCAGCAGUUUUUCAAUCAUCACAUGUUUGUGUUGGAGCAGGAGGAGUACAAAAGGGAAGGUCUGGACUGGAUUUUCGAGGACUUUGGGAUGGAUUUACAAGCGUGUAUCGACAUGAUGGAGAGGCCCAUGGGGGUUUUUUCUAUCUUAGAGGAGGAGUCCAUGUUUCCCAAGGCAACGGACCAAACCUUCCUUGAAAAACUGAACAACAACCUGCUGAGCAAAAGCCCGUGUUACAUCAAACCGAAACCCCCCAAGGCGGGGCAGAAGGAGGCCCAUUUCGCUUGUGUGCACUAUGCGGGGACGGUCCCCUACAACAUAGCCUCCUGGCUCGAGAAGAACAAGGACCCCUUGAACGACACCGUCGUGGACUUGUUCAAAAAGGGGACCAACGAACUAGUUCAGGAAAUAUUUUCCGACCAUCCCGGGCAAAGCGGGGGUGCGGACACGGCCAAGGGAGGAAAAAAGCAGAAAGGCUCGGCCUUCAUCACGGUCUCCGCCUCCUACCGCGAGCAACUCAAUAAUUUAAUGGCCACGCUAAAAGCGACGCACCCGCACUUCAUCCGCUGCAUCAUCCCCAACGAGGUCAAAACCCCGGGGCUGAUCGACGCCCAUUUGGUGAUGCACCAGCUGACCUGCAACGGGGUCUUGGAAGGGAUCAGGAUUUGUCGGAAGGGGUUUCCUAAUCGAAUGGCCUAUGCCGAUUUCUGCUUUCGCUACCAAAUCCUGGCCUCCAAACCGAUGGCCGCUCAAAAAGACGACAAAAAAAUCGCGACGGCAUGUUUCGAGCACAUCGGCCUGGCCGCGGACAAAUGGCGCGUGGGCCAUACAAAAGUUUUCUUCCGCGCCGGCGUCCUCGGAGAAAUGGAAGAACUCCGCGACGACCAAAUCGCGAAAAUCAUGAUUUAUCUCCAGUCCCGCAUCCGCAACUAUCUCACGCGCAAAACCUACCGCGAGCUAAAAACCCAGCGCUUGGCCCUAGAAGUCGUCCAGCGCUCGCUCCGCAGUUACGUAAAACUCCGCCUCUGGCCCUGGUGGUCCUUGUGGAAAGUCCUAAAACCCACUCUGAAAGUCGUCUGCAUCGCGGAUGAGAUUAAAAAAUUCGAGGACCGCCUUUCAAAAGCGAGUGAUUCCGUUUCCACGGAGGAAACUUUGAAGAAAAAUUCGGAGUCAAAAGGGAAAAAACUCGAAGAUGAGAAAAACAACGUCCUAAAACAAUUAGAAGAGUUACGAGCGAUGGGAGGUGAUUUUGGGGAUAAAAUUAAUCGUCUGAACGCCCAAAAGAACGAGCUGGAUAACCAAGUGAAUGAUUAUAAUUCGCGUUUGGCUGUUGAGGAGGAGGCGAGAUUGGUGUUGCAACAGCAGAAGAAAAAAUUGGAGCAGGAAAUUGGGAAUUUGAAAGCGGAAUUGGAUGAGCAAGGGGGGAAAUUGAGUGGGAUUGAAGGGGAUACGGCGAAUAAGGUUAAUCAGAUUGAGAAUUUAAAGGGGGAGUUGGCCUCUCAGGAGGAGUUGAUCGCUAAAUUAAUGAAGGAGAAGAAACAGAUGCAGGAUGGGCUGAAGAAGUCCAGCGAGGAUUGUCAGGCGCAAGAAGACAAGCUAAACCACCUCUCAAAGAUAAAACAAAAGUUAGAACGCGCCAUGGACGAGCUAGAAGACUCCCUGGAACGUGAGAAAAAGCAACGCUGCGACAUAGAAAAAACAAAAAACAAGACCGAGUCCGACCUAAAGUUAAACCAAGAAGGCCUCGCGGAUCUCGAGCGUAACAAAAAGGAACUCGAGCAGGCCAUCCAGCGAAAGGACAAGGAAAUCGCCUCCCUCGCUGCUAAAUUAGAAGAGGAAAACAAUUUAAUAGCUAAGUUACAACGCCAAAUUAAAGAGUUACAAGCGCGGAUUGAAGAAUUAGAGGAAGAACUCGAAAUCGAGCGCCAAUCCAGAGCAAAAGCGACGAAGGGAAGGGCUGAAUUAGCCAAGGAACUGGAGGAUUUAGGGGAAAAAUUAGAAGAAGCCGGGGGGCAAACUGCGACCCAGAUUGAAAUGAACAAGAAAAGGGAGGCCGAGCUGGGGAAGUUACGGAGGGAGCUGGAGGAGACUAAUUUGAAUCAUGAGGCCGUUAUGGGUGGGGUCAGGAAGAAGCAUAAUGAUGCGGUGGCGGAAAUGGCGGAGCACAUUGACAAUUUGAACAAAAUGAAGGGCAAGGCCGAGAAGGAGAGGGGCGUGGCGGCGUCGGAAUUAAACGACCUCCGCGCGGCCCUGGACCACGUGACGAACGAGAAAAUCUCCAGCCAGAAACUGGGAAAGCACUUACAGCAAAACCUAUCCGAUGUUCAGAACAAAUUUGAACAAAUUACCCGUCAAUUGAACGAGUGCGAGCAGGCCAAGAAGAAAUUGAGCCUGGAUAAUGGGGAUUUAUCGAGGCAGAUCGAAGAGGCCGAGUCCACGGUUAGCCAGCUGUCGAAGGCCAAGGUCUCCCUGGCGACCCAACUUGAAGACACCAAGCGCCUCGGGGACGAAGAAUCCCGUGAGAAAGCGGCGCUGCUCGGAAAAUUCCGUAACGUUGAACACGAUUUGGAAACUUUAAGGGAACAGCUGGAGGAAAUUGCGGAAGGGAAAAGUGAGAUUCAGAAAGGGAUCAGCAAAUCCAAUGCGGAAGCGCAGUUUUACAGGGCGAAAUAUGAGUCUGAAGGGUUGGCUAAAAUCGAGGAGUUGGAGGGGGCAAAGGCCAAACUCCUCGCACGUUUAUCCGAAGCGGAGGAAACGAUCGAGUCCUUAAAUCAAAAAUCGAUCUCCUUGGAGAAAACCAAGCAGCGCCUGACGACGCAGCUGGAGGACAUGCUUCAAGAAGUGGAUCGCUAUCGGGCUCUCGUGAGUCAGAUGGAAAAGAAACAGAUUUACUUUGAUAAGAUCAUCCAAGAGUGGAAAAAUAAGGUCAACGACCUCCAAAUGGAGUUGGAUGCGUCGAGAAAGGAAGCCCGAAACUACUCCACGGAGCUCUUCCGCACGAAAGCCCUGUACGAAGAGCAAUUGGAGCAAAUCGAAAUCGCCCAACGGGAGAACAAGAACCUGGCCGAGGAGAUCAAAGACCUCAUGGACCAAAUUUCCGAAGGGGGUCGGAACAUCCAUGAAUUGGAAAAGGCUCGAAAUAGGAUCCAAAUUGAAAAGGAUGAGUUGCAAUCCGCGUUGGAGGAGGCCGAAUCGGCUCUCGAACAGGAGGAGAACAAAGUCCUGAGGGUUCAGUUGGAGUUGAGCCAGAUCCGCCAGGAGAUCGACCGCCGCCUCGCCGAAAAGGAAGAAGAGUUCGAAAACGCUCGGAAAAACUACCAGCGCACCCUCGAUUCAAUGCAAGCCUCGCUCGAGGCCGAGUCCAACGGCAAAGCGGAAGCGCUCCGGAUGAAGAAAAAGCUCGAAUCGGACAUCAACGAGCUCGAAAUCGCUUUGGAUCAUUCGAACAAAGCGAACGCGGAGGCGCAGAAAGCUAUUAAAAAAUAUAUCCAACAGUUGAAAGACGUGCAAACGGCGCUGGAGGAGGAAACGCGCGCGCAUGAUGAAGCGCGGGAAGAAUAUGGGAUCGCGGAAAGGCGCGCGCAUGCGCUCGCGGGUGAGUUGGAAGAGUCGCGGACGUUGUUUGAACAGGCGGAUCGCGCGAGGAGGAUCGCGGAAGGGGAGUUGAGCGGGGUCAGGGAAGCGCUGGGGGAAUUGGGGGGGAGCGUGAGUGCCUUACAGGGGAUCAAGAGGAAAUUAGAGGGGGAGGUGGAGGCCGUUCAUGCCGAGCUGGAGGAGAUCCUGAACGAGGCGAAGAACCAGGAGGAGAAGGCGAAAAAAGCGAUGGUGGAUGCGGCGCGGUUGGCGGACGAGCUGCGGAUGGAGCAGGAGUUCUCCCAGAACCAGGAAAAGGCUCGGAAAGCCAUGGAAAUCCAGAUGAAGGAGUUGCAGGCGAGGUUGGAGGUGGCCGAGGGCGAGGCGAUGAAAGGGGCCCGCCGCAUCAUCGCCAAACUGGAGGAAAAACUGCACGCGAUCGAGCAGGAGCUUGACAUUGAGCAGCGUCGCCAUGGGGAAGCCCAGAAAAACGUUCGGAAAUGCGACCGUCGGGUCAAAGAGCUCACCUUCCAGUCGGAGGAGGAUCGGAAAAACCACGAAAAAAUGCAGGAUUUGGUGGAGAAGCUGCAGCAGAAAAUCAGGACGUACAAGAGGCAGAUUGAGGAGGCGGAGGAGAUAGCCGCCCUGAACUUGGCCAAGUUCAACAAAGCCCAACAAGAACUGGACGACGUCUCCGAGCGCGCGGAACAAGCCGAGGCCGUCCUCAUGCGCGCCGGGCGCCCGAGCGGAGGACCGCGCGGUCAGCGAGCCCCUAGCAACAUGAAUUUUUAAAAUCUCUGUUACUAUGGAAAUUUUUUGUGUGUGCAUAAUUAAAUGAGCAAAUUACAAAAACCUUAAAAAUA